AUGUUAAAUUUGUCGAAUAAUUUAAAAAAGGAUAAUGAAUUAUUGUGUUCUGAAUUAUUAAAAAAAUUUAAUAAAUGUGAAGAUAAGAAAGAAUCUUAUGCAGAAAAACUUAAAUCGAGUAAUACAUCUACUGUACCUAUUACAGUGAAACCAAUAAGGAAACAGUUAGGUGAUGACACUAAAAAAGACUUAAAAAUGAAAAUUAAUCCGUCUGAACUUAACGUGAAGGUUAAUGGUUUUCGAACUAGAAAUGAUGGCAGGGUUACUAUUAAAUGUGUUACUUCAAAGGAACGUGAAAUUCUUGCAAAUGACAUUAAAAAAAAAUUAAGUGACCAAUAUAUAAUCGAAACACCUGUGCUUCGAUACCCCAAAUUAUUCAUCUCGGGUAUUAGUGAAAAGCUAGAAAAUGAGGACCUAGUACUUGCCAUAAAAAAUCAGAAUAAUAUUAUAGUUCAACAUAUUAAAGUGUUAAAAGUCUAUGAGUCUUAUAAAAAUAAAAAAACAUUUAAUGCGAUUGUUGAAAUAGAUGGCAAGGCAUUUAAGCAAUUUAUGAAAGAACGUAGAAUUAAUAUCAGGUGGGAUAGGUGCAUCGUUUAUGAGCAUUUAAAUGUUAUGAGAUGUUAUAAAUGCUGGGGCUUUAAUCAUAAAGCAAGUGUAUGCAAAGAAAUUGACAAUGUAUGUGCUAAAUGUAGUGAGACUGGGCAUACUCAUAAGGAGUGCAAAAAUGUUUUUAUUAAAUGUGUUAAUUGUGUUAAGGCAAAAAAGACUCUUAACCUUCGUGAGCUGAGUACGGAUCAUGAUUGCAGAGAUGUUAUGUGUAAGACGUUACAGCGGAGAGUUAAACUAGAAGCAGAAAAUACUAAUUAUUAA